UAAAAUUUAAAUGCAAAUUACCCUAACCUACUAGUAAUAAAAAAAAUCUGUUAAGAUCAUUCUCCAAGUUAUGGGAUGGAUCUUUGAUUUUUCCCAAAUUUAGAGCAAGUACUAAUUUUGAGUUUUGCAGUUACCAACAGCUUUUAACUUUUGUCAAGUAAAGUUAAAGAAAUUGUAAAAUAUAAAAAACAUAUGACUCAAUUUGGAACGAAACGCUAAUCGGGUGUGCCGACAUUGAGAUAAAAGUUAAGUUCGUCGCCCUCCCCCUUCUGUGGUUGCCCCCGCCCCCUUCCUUCUGAAAUGUCAAAUUUGUACAACAAUAAACAUAUAAUGAAAUUAUUCGAAACGUAGCGGAUAUCAAAUUAUUGUCUUAAAAAUGGAAUUGUUUAGAUCGGAUCAAUAUUAUAUAUUUGUUAGAAAUGAGUCGAGCCUUUGGUGGAAUCGAUUAACGGGAGGUUUUUCUGUCAGAUCAGCAUGGGAUCUUUCGGAUAUCGAGGACAUCGAAUGCUUAGGCGUAACAGAUGGCAUUAUUGGCCAAGUGGAACAUUCGAAUAUAUUUGAACCACGAUUGAUGAUUAUAAAAGAGAGUGUACCAGUUGGACAAAUUUAUUUUCAUCACACCAUAUAUAAAAUUAAAUCAAUAUGUUUCUUGAACAUGGGCUCGGUAAAUCAAGAAGUGGAACUUUGCCCUUGCACCAAACAUGGUUCUUCAAGUUCUGUCUCAAGUGCUGCAAGUCUGAUUAACAGAAAAAUGGGUGGUCGCCUAUUUGAGAACUCUGCAUUCUUAAACAAAACUGUAGGUGCAGUCAAAAACGUCAGCAAUACCAUUAAAACUACAACACAACAGGCUGCCACACAGGUGAAACAAACUGUCAAGAAGCAAAGAGAUCCAAAGUUAGCUGAGCGUUUUGAGAAACGUCUAACUGAUGAACUUCACAAGAUCUUCGACGAUUCCGACAGCUUCUAUUACUCCCGCACACUGGACUUAACAAACAGUUUGCAGCGACAAUAUGAGAUUGAGAAGAAACUGGAAACAGAAGAGGGUGCAGGAAAACCAGUAACUGACAUAACUAGAUGGUGGAAGCAUGUUGAUGACCGCUUCUUUUGGAACAAGCACAUGUUAAAAGAUAUAAUCGCUCUCGGGAGUCCAUCUUGUGACCAAUGGGUGUUGCCAGUAAUUCAAGGCUAUGCACAUCUUUCGCAAAUAGCAGUCGAGCCAGCAGAUGUUAAUCCCCUCAACACGGAAUCUUUGACUAAUACGAACACAUGCGAUGAGACUUUCACAUUGGGUAUCAUCUCUAGGCGGUCACGAUACCAGGCUGGAACCAGGUACAAUCGCCGAGGCAUAGAGCCCAGUGGCAAAGUCGCUAACUACGUGGAGACAGAGCAAAUUGUUUCUAUUAUAUGCUCUGAUAGCAUCCACAGAGCUUCCUUUGUGCAGGUUCGCGGUUCCGUACCAAUAUUCUGGAGUCAGCCGGACUUGAAAUUCCGACCGCCGCCCCGUCUAGACAGAUCUGAAGAAGAGUCGCACACAGCAUUCAAGAAGCAUUUCCAAGAAGAGUUGAAUUUAUACAAGCAAGUGUGCAUUGUCAACUUGGUGGAGCAACAGGGCCGCGAGCGCAUCAUAUGGGAGUCUUACGGCAACCACGUCCUCAAAUACAAUAGCCCUGACGUCAUAUAUGCUACUUUCGACUUUCACGAGUAUUGUCGCGGUAUGCACUACGAGAACGUCAGCAUACUGAUCAACGCGAUCGCCGACGUUAUAGGCGAGAUGAGGUUCUGCUGGCGCGACGACCGCGGCCUGAUCUGCGCGCAGAACGGCGUCUUCCGGGUCAACUGUAUCGACUGCCUGGACAGAACUAACGUCGUUCAGACUGCCGUAGCGAAGUACGUGUUAGAACUACAGUUGUGCCGACUCGGUCUCGGCACUCCAGGGAGCGGUCUACCACCAGCGUUGAGAAAUGCUUUCUUAACUAUGUGGGCGGACAACGGAGAUAUAAUAUCGCGCCAGUACGCCGGCACGAAGGCUCUUAAGGGUGACUACACGCGCACAGGUGAAAGAAAAUUAACAGGAAUGAUGAAGGACGGCAUGGCAUCGGCAAACAGAUACAUCAUCCGUCAUUUUUGUGACGCCAUUACACAAUGUGCCAUAGACAUUGCUCUCGGGCAGCCUAUAAAUACGGCUACUAUAGAUGAAUUGGACAGCGUCUGGCAUCAUAUGAAAACGGCAUCAACCGUGAUUCUGUCGAAUAUGGACACUAAUGAGCCUAAACUAGAAAUGAUGCCAAGUUACUUUGGACAUCCGCUGACUAGCGAAUUGGCUAUGGCGCAAGUCGCAUACGGAUUGGGGAGAUACUACUUGUCGACGUUCAAGGACGCGUUGAGGCAGGUGGCCAUCGACGUGAUGACGGGCGAGUCUCGCUCCAUACCCGAGCAACUGAUAGUUCCAGAUUGUACGCGAUGCACUUCUGUCAAGGAUCAGGCAGUCCCCGAUACGGCCGCGAUGGCACAACACGUGAAAUCGCUUAUCGACGAUUGCAAGAAGCUACUGGUUGACACUGAACCUGUGCUAGGAUCUUGGGGACUUAUCGACGCAGACCCAAGUACGGGCGAUCCUCACGAGACCGAAAUGGACAGCGUUCUCGUGCUGACUAGCGACGCGUAUUACGUGGCCGACUACGAUGAGACGUCAGACAGGUUGCUGUCAGUGCAGCGGGUGCCGCUGCGUGACGUCACAGCGAUAGAACUGGGCACUUUGGACACUAGCGCCGCUUCGUUAUUCGGCGUGGGUCGCAAGUCUACCGGAGAACCUAUGUUUUGCAUUCGCAUCCAGUACAAUCAUAACGGCGAAUCAGGCUAUUACCACAUGUUUCGAUCUACGUCGCUGCGUUUCUUCAACAACAUGGCCGUCGUCAUAAACACCAGGGACGAGAUGAUCGAAUCAUUACAUUCGAUUUGCGAGUCGCUUAUGGUGGCUCGCGACGUUGCCAAACUUCCACGUAUACCGUUCCAUGACGGCAUCAAGUUGGAGAGGAAAAAGUCUAAGGUACAUCCGACCCAAGGCCAGCCGGGUGGAUUAAGAGCAUCUCUGUAUUUGGAUCUGUCCCGUUUGCCGACUCUUACUAGAAACGUGAGCGAAACACAAUUGGUAGCCGACAUUCGAAGCGUUGGAUCAAAAGCCCUCAACAACAUGACCGAACAGUUCAGUAAGCUUAAUAAGCUAAGUCACUCGUUAAACGCGCGCGCAAAACCUAGCUUACAACUUAAGUUCGACCAAAGUACCGCUCGCACCAAGAAGAUAUUUACUCUUGGCCAGAACAAAUCGGACAAGAAGAAGGGCAGUUUAUCAGACGGCAUGAGCUCCGAUUGCUCGUCGGAUGACGAAAACAGAACGAACAUAUUCGAACCCACCUUGGACAACUUUGAAAAUAGCCAGCAUUAUAUAGGUAAAUCGGGAACAUCACAAAAGGAUGAAGUAGAAAUUGACUGUGACCUAAUCGAGAACCCCUUAUACUCUUCCAAAAUAGAACCUCAAGAGAAGGAGGUAUACGAACCGAGCGCUCUAAUCACAAGCCCCGUGGAAAAACAACCCCUAAAAACGCCAAGCAACGUGAGCAAAUUCAACCCAUUCGACGUGGAAACUUCUAGAACGCCUGAAAUACAAGUUGAGUCUGAUGGUGGCAAACCGGUGCCGCCUCACAGUUUAAUGCUCACGCAGAAGCUAUCACACAGCUCCAACGACAUAAACUAUGAGGAACAGACGACUGAUGGAGUAAAUUAUCAUCGCUCGAACUCUCAGCAUGAGAUCACGCUUAAUAUAGCGCAAUCGCACAGCGAAUCAGCGCUUAAGCAGCUGAAAAACAUAGCCAGCCCUGUCUCGAGCGCUACAAGAGAAAUGGUGCUGUCGCCGUUGUCGAAGCUAGCUAAAGGCGUGCAAACAUUGGGGGCUAACUUGGAUCCGAGGAAAAUAAAGGGCCCCGGUACAGUGAAACAUGUGACCGAACAACAAUAUGAAGAGCAUAAAAAACUGCAAGAAAAAUGGCGCGGUUGCAACACACGCUUAGUAGCUUUGUAAUCUUAGUGUUGCCGUAAAAGUUGUGCGUUUAAAAAAAUUUUUUGGGCUUCUUCCAUACCAUGUGGUAUGUUUUAUUCAAUUUUACAAAAUUCUAUAUUCGAAUAACUUAAUUGUGUAUCGUCCAUAUUUACAAUGUAUCCAAGACAUAAACGUGCUUUUAUCUAAUCAAAAAUAAUGCUUCCAUAUGGUAAAUUUUAUUUGUUUUAAUAGCAUCAUUGUAAAUGGCCAGUUCGAAGUCAAUUACGUGUCGUUUUCGAUUGUUGUUAGGGAAAUUUAUAUGCAUAGGCGUACCCAAGAUAGGUAUUUGAGAAGGAGGGGUCGUUCCACUAUCGUUUUAUUUAUUGACAACGAUAACACACUUGAAUUGUUGGAAAAUACAGCAUUAGAAAAAGUUACAGCUUUGUACAAUUUGACACAAAGGCAUGCCGUACCGCCAUGGAAACAUAAAAUACCACUUGUUCACUUAAAUUGGUGCAAGGUAGAUUUUGUAUUUUCAAGCAAGAAAAUUUCGUACACUGGUUUUACUGUUUCACUUUUUACAUUUUUUACACUUUUUUCAUUCGUGGAUUCUCCCGAAAAAAUGGGUACACCUAUGCUCGUCUAGCGUAAUGUGUAAUUGAUUAGUGUGUAUUGUAACGAGGAAUUGUUAUACAUAGAAUAAUUUAUAAUUAAUGAUUCCAUAUUUAUUCGACAUAGAUUAAUGUAUAGUCUUUAGUAUGACAACAAUGUGUGCUAGGUCUAGGAUCUUACUUCCGAGGAUCUUUCAAAAGUAUCGUGAUUGUCUCAAAAUAUACGUAAUUAAUUAAAUAAUUACAUAAAUUCACACUGGAAAAGUAAGAAUAAAAAAGAUCAUUCUUAGCCCGUACUCGUUGCCGAGUCAAAAUUACCAUCUAAAUUUGCCGUCAUUACUUUAAUGAACGAAAAAAUAUAUAUAAAAGUAUUUUACACGGUAACGAGCAUUUCAUCUUUUUAAAUAUUUAGCAAUGGCGAUGAAUGAUUUAAUACCAAAUAAAUAUAAGGCCUUUUUAGCAAUAAUCUUGUUAGCUUUGACCAACAUUUCUUACCGUGUUUUAUUUUAUUAAUGAAUACCUUAAAUUAAUUAUUUACUGAAUACCUUAAUGUUUUUUUUUAUUAUUGAAUGCCAUAUAGGGCAUUGGAUCGUCCUGUUUUAUAUUCAUUAUUUAUCAUAAUAUGAACGGACAAAUUAAAUUUAUUGUAAUAUUGUCUAAUGCUACAAAUGGUUAAAAAUCAACAGUUACAAGGAUAAUGAUUUAUAAAAUAGGACUUCAAAAUUAUGACACAGACUACUUAAUGUCGUCGGCUUAUUAUAAUAUAACGUUCCUGACUCCUUGAUGUCUAUAAAACUAAUAUAGUUUGUACUCACUUUAACUUAAUAUUUAAACACAUUCCUAUUUAGCAUCAUUGCCUAUAUAGUGUAAAUGACAUCAACAGUAUUAUAAAGUGGAAAUAUAUAUAUUAGGAAAUAUACAUUUUAAAAUAUAGUUAAAUGCCAACACACACACAGUACAAUGAAAAUGCCAACGGGCAAAUAAGCUAAUCAUUAUAACGAUACAUAAACUUCGUGUAACUUGAAAUUUUAUUUAAAUGCAGUCAAUCUGUCUCUGUCUGAUUAUACUAUCCAGAACUAGGUGCAAAAUAUUUCUAAUAGUAUCCAAAAAUAAUACCAUAGAAUAAUUUAUGAAGUAGUUAAUGCUUCGCAUGAUGUGUAUACCAUUGAAUAGCUCCUAUAUAGUUCGUUCAAUAUAAUAGUCUAGCUAGCCAUGACAUAGGUAGUGUAGGUAUGCCUUUAAAUUGUAAAGAUAGUGAUCUGAGAAUGCAACGCGCAGAGUAUCUACUAAAUAUAUAACGGUAUAAUUUUAAAAUAAUAAAUACUUAAUAAAAACAGAAAAUAUAUUACAUACUCAUUGAUUACCAUUUUUCAUCUUUCUAAUCGAGAUAUGCUUCAGACAUAAUUGUCAUGCAUUUGUGGUAAAUCAUGAUUGACACCCUUUUUUAACGCUUUUGCCGAAUACGGUUUUAAUUACUUUUAAAAACAUAUUGUAAUAUAGUUUUUAGUAUUAAAAACAUAUUGUAAUAAAGUUCAAAAUUACAUUGGGUUGUCGCUAUUUAAUCCAUAAAACAGCCAAUGCCUAUAAUAUAUAUUUAUUUAUUUUUUGUAAUAGUUAUCAGUAAACUAUUCGAGCUUCGAGUUUUUUUAAACUCAAAGGACCUAUAUGGUCUUGUACCUUUGAAUCACAAAUAUUAACCUUAGUUAUCAAAUCUUCUUAUAUAUUUUCUACAGAAUGACUUUGCUCUAGGAAAAUAAACAACAUACAUAUUACUUAAUAACUUAUCUAUAGACUGUUAAUGCACCAAUUUAUUAGCAAAUUUUAUAUAAAAAGUUAUUUAAAACUAGUGUUUUAUAUUAUUCUAUGCUUCUUUUUGUUACACUUCCCUAAUUAAAAAAACACACAUCAACAUUAUGUUAUAUUUUGCACUGAUUAAAAAACUGUUAACUAUAACUACUAUUAAUUUAUUUCAAAUUGGUUUAUGACAUUUGUAUUUGCAAUUGUAGUGUUUUUAAUUAGGUUUGACAUUAUUUUGACAGUCGAAUGAGAUUAACAAUGAAAUAAUUAAAUGAUCCUGUAAAUGUAUUUGUAAUAAUGCAAACUGUUAUAUUGUUAUCUUAAUCAUUUUAAGUCCUAUGACAAAACGUGGACUAAAGAAAAACUUUAUCUAACUAAAGAAAAGCUGUUGCUAUCUUCUUUCCGGCAACUAAAGGUUUAGUGCACGUUUUAUAAUAAAGGGUUAUGAGUUUAUAAGGUUUAUAUAAAGUUAUAAAUAUUGCGUGUGGUGCUUGUACUACUCAUGUGUAGUGCUAGCAUUACAAUAAACAAUAUGUGUAAUAUUAUAUAAAUGCAGAAGCAUCUGAUUUUUUUUUAUUAUCUUCCUUCCAUAAUUAAUUUGCAACAAGAGAAAAUUCAUAAUGGAAGAGUACUUCCCGUUAAACUAAUCGUUGACACUGCGUCAACCAUAUAAAAACAUUAUUUAAGUAAAAUUGUUUUGAAGCCAUACGGUUUUCGGUUAAGAUUUGAUAUUAAUGUCCAAAAUAAACAUUUUGCUUGGUUGAUCUAAAAAUGGUUUGCAACUGUGUAAUAAAUACGUAAAAUAUUGAUUUGAUUUUGCUUUUGAUGUUAUUGAUGUCAAUAUUAAUUGACGUUGCUUUUAUCUUAAUAAUUAAUUUAUUUCAAUGAAAUCAAUAAAUGAUGUGUAAUUUAAUAUAAAAAGAAAUGAUAUUAAUUACACGCUUGUUCUAUUACGAUUCAGUGAAUAUUUAAAUUACUGCUUUUAGUUUGUACAGUCAUCCGCAAAUCGGGAAACGAAUACUUAUUAAUUCUCCUAUAUUUUUUUAUUUACAAACCAAACCUGUAAUGCCCGCACUAUUUUCAUUUGGCUAUUCGUAUUUGCUAAACUUGACGACAGUAUGCCCUUAUGCUUUAUAAGGAAUGAGAAUCGUUUACGAUAAUGAAAAUAAUGCACCAAACUUAGAAUAAUAACGCCUAGAAGCCGUGUCUCAACAAAAACAAGCGCGGUAUUCAUGCCGAAUUAAUUUUCUUGUGUGCGUAAGUUGAAUGAACUACGGACACAAAUACUUACAUAAUUUUAGUGUUACCAAAACCCGUCGCAAACCCACAAAUUGGGGGAAUGUGAUGAUUUGUGAUGCAAUGCCAAAGCACUAGACAGGAUGAAUAUGAUUAUAUUCAUGUAUAUUAUUAUUAUAUACUACAACGGAAGUAGAUUUUCAAGGACAAAAAUUGUACUUUUCAGAAUUUAAUUAAUAGAGAAAUUAUUUUUUCAUGGAGCUGGUCCAAUACAUUAGUUUUAUAUAAAUCAUACCUAUCAGAAAUACGCGGAAAGUGUACAAUAAUAAGAUUUUCCUAUGAAGCAAUGAAAAUAUUUUGUGCAAAUAUCUUUUCCACAACUAGCAACAUUGUAUUGUCAAAAUUUGUUUGUAAUUGAUUCUUACACUUACAUAAAAUUUAUAAAUCAUCACUUCAUGUUGUGUUUCAGAUGAGUGAAAACUAUUCUUAAAGAGUAAAAGAAAAAUUGACAUUUUAAAUUUUUAUUCACGAGCAUGAUUCGACACGACGCGCCAUUGAGCACUGGCAGUUUGCCAAAUCACUUUAAAUUGCGCCUUUUUGUGCGUGUUCUAGACUUCUGGGCGUUAUUAUUCUAAGGCACCAAAUUAUCACGAAAUAAGUUGAUCUAGUUUUUUUCUACAAAGCACCCCCACUAGAGAUCGCAUUAAAGUAGUAUUACAAUAUUAAGCAUGUGCGCGUGCCUAGAUGUCGACCAAUGACGAUAAUCGUUUCACCAAAUUUGCCAUCCACUGAUGUGUCCAAACAAAACACGGCUUGCCCUCCCCGCAUGCAGGCAUCUGUGACGAUUUAUUUUAAGCAAAUAAUGAGUAAUGCGGGCUCUAGUGGUAGGGUGCUCUGUGUUUUUUUCUAACUUAUUGUUUACGUUUAUAAAUUUAUAUUUUGUAAUUACCUGUUUUCUAUUUUGUAAAUACUAUUAUCGAUAUUAAUCAAUAAGACUAUUAUCCAACAGAAGAUUUGACCAUUAUUAUUCUUAUCUUUCGCCUAGCUCCCGCCCUUCAGAAAACCCUCAGUAAAUAUAUAAUAAAUAUCUCACGAAGGUAGUCUGAAGUUUGAAAACCGGUUAAAUAAAAACUUAAUAUGAUUUUGUCUGUGAUUGUUAUUUAUUUUAGUGACGUUUUAUUUUGAUUUAAAUAAAUAGUAUUUAAUUGAUACUGUAGUUGUUUUAGUACUCAUGAACAUUGUCUUUUUAACAAUCUACAUUUAUCUAAUUGUUAUUAAGAGCGGACGCGAGC